CCCUCUUUCUUUACCAUUGACCAGCUUCAUGGAAAAUGAAGUCACCUUCGUAGCCCCGGAGGGUGUUUACACCGUCGUUGAAGAGAUCAAACCAUCUGCGCUCCAAGCUCACGCAGCUAGUACAGCGACUGUUACCUAUCCAACGCGAAUAAGCACCAUAUCAGUGCGAUUUCCCGCCAAGGCAGCCGGAGGAACGCCUGGGUUCGCGCAACUUCUUGGUGGGAACAAAGAGUCGAAAAAGGACAAAGAGAAAGAGAAAUCAACCCGGGAAGAUGGAGUCAGUUUGUCUAGCAGCGAUACCCCAGAUGAGGGUGACAUUCCCUCCGACCAUAAUUCCGUUCCAAACCAACCUUUGUUUGGUGGUCAUUCUUUUGGUGGAAAGAAGAAAUCGACUGCGUCUCGUCCCAAGCAUAACAUAAAGACCUCGUCCUCGACUUUCAUCACGCGAAUACAGUAUGCAGAGGGUUAUGCGAAGACUAUGCAAGCCAAACAUGGCGAAACCGCGUUUCUCUUCUACAACCAGGUCAAGACUCUUCUGUGGGUUGAAGCAGGCGCAAAGUCGAAGGAACCUCUUGCUCGAAUGGUUUUUUCGGCAUUCCCGACGUGUCACCACGUGAAUCCACUCACUGCUUCCUCUGACCGACUGGAUGUUAUUGUAGGCUUUAGUACUGGCGACCUAAUUUGGCUCGACCCUAUAUCCUCUCGUUAUGCUCGUCUCAACAAACAGGGUUGCAUUACCAACUCUCCAUGUACUGCAGUCCGAUGGGUACCUUCCUCUACCUCGCUCUUCCUAGUAUCCCAUGCGGACGGUACCAUUGUGGUUUACGACCGAGAACGCGAAGAUGGGACAUUUACACCUCAAGACCCAGGCCCUUUCAACCCUCCCGCCGGUGGUGACUCAAACACGACAUCUUCAGAGGACUCAUGGGACCACAUGGAAAAUAUCUUUGUCACCAUGCCUCCCUGGCAUCCCGUCGCCGCAUCAGCAGUUGGUUCCGGAGGUACAUCCAAAUCUGACAAGGACAAGGCCGCAUCAGUGAAGAACCCCGUCAGCCAUUGGAGAGUAUCAAGACGGUGUGUUGUAGAUUUUGUGUUCUCACCUGAUGUCAAGUAUGUCGGCGCGAUUUCGGAAGAUGGAUGUUUGAGGGUGAUCGAUGCCCUGGCAGAGCAAUUAAUAGACUGUUACUCAUCCUAUUUUGGUACUUUAACUUGCGUUGCAUGGUCUCCAGAUGGCCGAUUCAUAGUUACCGGCGGUCAAGACGAUCUCCUCACGAUAUUUUCCCCAUGGGAGCAACGUGUCGUGGCACGAUGUCAAGGCCACUCGUCAUUCGUUUCCUCCGUUUAUUUUGACGAACUUCGCUGUGAUGGACGAACAUACAGGUUCGGCAGUGUAGGUGAAGAUAACAAACUCAUCCUUUGGGACUUUUCGAGUGGAGCUUUGCACCGACCGAAACUCCAAUCACACCAAAGAGUGUCCAUGUCGUCAACGUUAUCACUCUCAGCGUUCAGAAGGGAUCGGUCAGCGUUUCAUCUGCCUGAAGGGGAUGGAGAGGUUACACCGAAAUAUCAUCCCGCACCAUCAAGGAAUGAGGUUGCUGUGGUGCAACCUGUUCUUGUCAAGCACAUGGAGGGUGAGAUUCUCUCCGCGGUGGCAUUCCUACAGAGGCACCUGGUCACUUCCACGAAGAAUGGGUAUCUGAAGCUUUGGAUACGUCCUUUGGCUCUCCGACCGCCUAGGCAUUUGAAGGAAAGGACCCUACAGUUACCCGGCUUGCCGAAAGCAGUGGAUGUCAAGUGACGUCGUCAACGGGCAUUCUGCUGGUCAGAAUGUGCUAAACGAAAAAACUGCUGGCAUGUAUUAUCACUUAAAUUAUCCUUACAAUCAAUCCAUUGUUCUGAAGCUACCGAAGCCUCG